AUGUCGAAUAUCGUCAAGGUGUCUAAGCUCUGUAAUCUUCAUCAAAAAAGGAAAGGAAGGGCUUGGUACCAUUGGUACUCAGCAGAAGACAGCCCGGAAGAAAGGAAACUCCUUCUUAAACUCGAUCUCCUCAUUAUUCCGUAUGCAAUCGCUGCCUAUUGGAUAAAAGGUGUUGAUCAGACGAAUAUCUGUGAGCCAUUUCUUACACACAACCCCCCAAAUACCCAAGGCAGAGUAUUCUAACAACAACAGCCAAUGCAUACGUUUCUGGUCUCAAAGAUGACCUUGGAUUCGCUGGGGACGAACUUGUUCGAUUGAACUCGAUGUACAUUGCUGGAGCAGUUAUCGGCCAACUUCCAUUCACAUUGCUAUUUCCAAUGUUUCCGAUGAACUGGAUAAUACCAGGUAUGGAAGUUGGAUGGGGGCUUUUCACUUUGUUGCAAUACCGCGUGGAGAGUUUCGCCGAAUUAGCCGCCUAUAGGUUUAUGGUUGGAUUCUUUGAGGUAAGUGUUCGCAAUUUCCAGUGUGAGUAAUACCCGCUGACAGCGUAUAGGCUGCCUUCUUUCCAGGUGCUCAUUAUGUACUUGGCUCUUGGUACAGAGGUGAUGAAUUGGGACGUCGAGGAGGGGUAUUCUUCCUGGGGUUUCUGCUUGGAACGACUACUGCAGGCCUGCUUCAAAGUGCAGCAUCUCAAAAUCUUCACGGGGUCCGGGGAAUGGCUGGGUGGAGGUAAGCAGUUUCCAUAUCUGCUAGCAGAAACGCCUUCACUAAAUUGGGAUUUCUACAGAUGGAUGUUCAUAAUCUGCGCCUUGAUUACCAUUCCGAUUGCCAUAGCCGGAGUUCUCAUCUGGCCCGGUACGCCGGCAAGACCCAACAGGCUCGUCCUCAGCGAAAUAGAAAUCUCUAAGGCGAAAGCUCGUCUGGCUGCCAACAAAUCAGACAUCUACGAGAAACCACACGAGACACGCUUUCAGCUGGUUAAACGUAUUGUCACGGACAGAAAGUUAUGGAUUCUAACCCUGUGGAACACUCUCUACUGGAAUGCCAGUACCACAUUCUAUCGACCGGAUCUUCUCUGGUUAAAAAGUCUGAAGAGAUUCUCUACACCGAGAGUAAACCAACUGGGUGCAAUUGCCCCCUCAUUGGGAAUGGCCUAUUGCCUGUUUGUAAAUUUCAGCAUGGAUUUGCUCUGGGGUCCGAGUGGAGCUAUUACAUUUGCACUUUCCUGGAAUACCAUAGCAAUGAUUAUCUUAGCCAUAUGGGACGUACCAGAGAGCGCUAAGUGGUUUGCAUUCAAUUCGAUUUAUACCCAUUCUGCUAUGAGUAGUGUUUUAAAUGGAUGGACGAACGAUAUUUUGCGGGAUGAUGCAGUGGGAAGGGGGUUUACACUUACAUUUAUGAAUCUUUUUUCGCAGAGUUCGACGGCUUGGACUGGCCUUUUGGCGUUUCCGACAUCAGAGGCGCCGAGGUUCUUGACUGGAUACAUUUAUGCUGCGGUCAUGUCUGUUCUUGUUGUAAAUUUCACUUUUGCCGUCAUCCUACCUUUGUCAAAGGGUGUUGACAGGAGUUUGGUUGUGGAAAGCGAGGUGGAGGUAACUGUUGGAUCAAAAUCAAGCUCGAAUGAGAAGGGUUCAUGA